AAAGAGCACGGAGCAGGCAGCAGGGGCCAUGAACUUUCACACUCCUCUCUCUCUCUCUCUCUCUCUCUCUCUCUUCCAGCUGAGUGAGCUGCUUGCACGCCGCCUUCCUGCUCGUCGCCUUUCGCCGCCGCCAUCUCUCUCUACUCUACUCUAAUGCCUCGGCGCCUUUACUAGUUAAUUAGUUCUUCUUUAGCAUCGUACCAUAAUCUGCCCACACGGCUACAGACUCUUGAUUGGUUUGAGAUUGAGCUAUUGGGUUGGUUCUUGGCAAGAGAAGGCAAGGCCAAGAAAGGUGGCAGGUUCUUGUCAAUCUCCAAAUUUUCCCAUUAAAUUUGCGAUUUCUUCCCCACUCCUCCCCGUCAGAACCGAGGUUUUACCAGGAGUGCUUCAGCAUUUGGGGUGUGGAGUUAUUGCAAAGCAACCUCGAUUCCUGCACCGGUUCCUCGAUUUGAUGCUGAAGAAAUUGAGCAAAGCUGGUCUUCGUUUUGGUAAAACCCCCAGCUUUCUCAGGGCGGAACAGUAGAAGAAAAAGAUUGGAGGAGAGGAGAGGAGAGGAAGGGUUGGUUUUGGGAGGAUGAUUCAGCUGCUGUUCUUGGUGGUGUUGGCGGAGGCGGCGGUGGCGCUGCUGCUGAUGGUGAAGGUGGGGCCGCUGCGGGAGGUGGCGAUGCGCGGCGUGGAGCAGGCGAAGACGGGGAAGGGCCCGGCGACGGUGAAGACGCUGGCCUGCACGCUCUCGGUGAUCCUCAUGUCCAGCGUCGCCAGCAUCCUCAAGAUCCAGAACAGGGGCCUCAAGCUCGGCACCGUCAGCCCCAUGGACCAGGUGCUAUGGCGGACUCACCUCCUCGAGGCCUCCCUCAUCGGAUUUACUCUAUUCCUUGCAUUUGUCAUUGACCGGUUGCACCACUACCUCCGAAAACUGAUUACACUGAGGAAAGCAGCCAACACAUCAAGAGAGGAGGUCGAGAAACUUCAAAUGGAGAACCGGUUAUUCCGUGAAAAGGAGGAGAAAUCUUCCAGUGAAAUCAAGAAGCUCCACCAGGAGAUUGCUAAGCUAAACGAGAGUAUGAAGAAGCUGAAAUCGGAGUCUGAAGAUCACGAGAGGAAGGUGUUGGAAGCGGAGGCCCAUGUGAACGCCCUACAGAAGCAGUCGGAGGAGCUUCUCCUGGAGUACGACAGGUUGCUGGAAGACAACCAGAUUCUACAAUCUCAGCUUCACUACAAAGGCUGAAACAGUUAACCUGGGGCAUGCAACUCAAAGUGCUCGUUACCAAGACUCGUAGACUUACCAAAUGUCAGUGCAGAGCGAAGGUAUUGGUGAAUGUGAUGCUUGGAAUCCUUGCUCUAACUUGUGGUGUUGGGUUGAUGUACUAGUGUGUGCAUUUGUAGUUUUGAGGAGUAUAAAAGCCAGGGAUGAUAUAUGGUGAAAUGGUUAUGAAUCUGGUAUCAGUUCAUGUCGCCAUGCAGGGUUGUUGAUCUGAAAACUGAAUUGAACUUGUGGGCUGCGGCCAUGCCUCUAUUCAGGCCUUGAUCUGAAAAUCUGAAAAGGAGGAAAGUUUCCUACUGAAAUGAAUGCUCUGUUAGCUUUGCU